AUGGGCAUCUAUCUGCCGUGUGGCAUUGCCCUGUUCCAUGUAUUAAAUAGUCACUUCUACCAUGUGGCGAAGCUUCAGGAGGGCUAUAUUAUUUAUAAUAAUAAUAAAAUUCAUUUAUCCUCCACCUCGAAGGAUAAGCUCAUCACCAUAUUCUUCAUGGUCUUGAUAUGGCUUAUCUCUCGCAAAUGGCACCGUACUUGGGGGAUUCCAGACACCGAGGUCCAUGGAACUGAGAUGCAGCAAAAGUCAGAAAUAGACUGGGACUGGGAGUGCUCUUGGGAUAACAUAUUUAUUAAGCAUGUACUUAAAUAUCUCUUAACACACAAUCCUGCCCUGCUGCAGGAUUUCUCCAAGAGCUUGCUGCUCUAUGCAGUCUGGAAUAACAGGAUUUCAGACUAUAAAGAUUUUACUAACUUAAUUCAGGAGCAGUUUCACCGUGUACUGUAUAUUUACAUGAUCUUUAUCAGUGAUCACCAUGUACAGUUACCGAUCAAUGUCUCUUCGCAGGAACAGAAGAAGCUGGAGAACAUCUUUAAGAGCCCUGCUGGGCUUCUCUUUGAAGACGGGCGCCCGGCCAAUCCCACUGUUCCGUUCAAUUCGCCAGGCUAUGGCCCCACGCCCUCAGCGUCUCCGAUCGCCUCCAUAAAGGGCGAGUCCGGUUUGUUCCUCAUAUUACAACACGGUUCGCUAUUCGCCGACAAUGGCCAGGUAAAAUACUGGGGCGAGGUUCCCCAAACAUUCAAUGCGACGGUCUUUGACCGAGCCGAGGAGAGCAUCAAGUACCUUGUCCUCACCAACACGUGGCCGAAGUUUGUUCGAAGCCGCGGGAUCGCAGCUGAGGUUGAUUUGCUGGCAGGGAGCAAGAGUCCUGCGUAG